CCGCAUAAAACGUUAUGCACACAUCGUGUGAUUGGACGUGUUGGAGCGGUUACCCGUUGGAGCGGAUGAUUGCUUCCCAAAAAGAAACUGGUAGUGGUACACAUUUUCUGCUCUAAAAUGGGAGUUUACAGAAAUACAGCUAGGGAGGAUCAACCCAGCAAAAAAGCCAGGCAUCAAAGCAGCAGCAGUAGCAGCAGCAGUAGCAGCGACACAGGCAGCAGCAGUGAUUCAGAUUCCAGUGGGAGUGAAUCCAGCAGCAGCAGCAGCAGCAGUGGUGGCAGCAGUGAUAGCAGCAGCUCAGGAUCAGCAGCAAAUCAACGUGGUGAACAGCGGCGAUAUUCCAAGGAGAGUCAAAGGAGCAAGGCAGCGGAGAAAGGGGACCACAGGGCAUCAGUGAGGAGCAAAGAUGAUGAGGACCAAGAAAUGAGAAAUGUCUCCAGGAAAAGGAUUCCCUCACCCCACAGUCCAGAUGAACCACCCCCUGAUUUUGAACCACGGUCACCAAGCACACCUCCACCGGCCACUCACAGAUCUCCAGCCAAGGACAGAGGCUCCACAAGGUCCAGCCACCGGUCACCCGUCAUCAAGGCCCCAGAUAUAGAGACCUCCAGUACAGGCGAUAAGUCGGAGGACGAGCUGUCCAUAGGGCCGGAUGACAAGGACAUGUACCGAGACGAAGACACACCACCACAGCAAGAGCCGACAAAGAAGUCAAGCAGACCCCAAGCCUACCAGGACAGUGAAGAUAGCAGUUCAGAGAGUGACGACAGCUACUCCUGGCGUGCUGAACGGGUCAAGUCUGUACUUCAAAGUCGCGUCCACAAGCCCACAGAGGAACGUCGGCGCCAUAGAUCAGCUUCCUAUGAAAGAGAGGACUUUGACUCCAGAGGUCGUUUCCGCAGCGUGAUUGGCACCACCAUCAAGCGACAGUCCAGGCCCGACUCCCCAGAGAGUGGGGAAAUCACUGAUGAGGAAACUGAUGGAGACAGUGACAGACGGGGUGAGAGACAGCCCGGAAAAAGGGUCUCACCAGAGCGUAAGAGGGGCAAACAUUCGGAGGACUCCAGAAGAAUCCAAGACAGGCACCAAGACAGACACAGUCAUAGAGACAGAGGGAGAAAGGAACCUGAUAGUGAUGAGGAUUACCGGGAAGCUGAGAGGAACUUCCGUAAGCGCCGGUUUGAGAAGGCCCAGGAGAAGCGUUCCAAGCAGGACCGAAACAAGACCCUUCAAGAGCAAAGCGCCAGAUGGAGAGACAGACAGGAAGAGCCGAGUCGAAAGGAGCCAGACGACGAGCAGCCCGCCUCUAAGAAAACUAAGAAAGAGACAAUAGACACGCCCCUGCAAAGCAAGACGGGUGGGGCUUACAUCCCGCCAGCCAAGCUGCGGAUGAUGCAGGAGCAGAUGACAGAUAAAUCCAGCGCAGCCUACCAGCGUCUGGCCUGGGAGGCAUUGAAGAAGAGCAUCAAUGGUCUUAUUAACAAGACCAACGUGUCCAACAUCAGUAACAUCAUUCAGGAGUUGCUGCAGCUGAACAUUGUCAGGGGGAGGGGCCUGCUGGCUCGUUCUGUCAUACAAGCCCAGGCCGCUUCGCCUACAUUUACCCACGUCAUUGCAGCAUUGGUAGCCAUUGUCAACUGCAAGUUCCCACAGAAUGGUGAGCUGAUCCUGAAACGUCUGGUUAUCAACUUCAAGAAGGGAUUCCGCCGCAACGACAAAGUGAUGUGUCUAUCAGCCACAAGAUUCAUCGCACACUUGGUCAACCAACAAGUGGCCCAUGAGGUGAUUGCUCUUGAGAUCUUGACCCUUCUGUUGGAGAACCCUACCAAUGAUAGUGUGGAGGUGACCAUUGGCUUUUUGAAGGAGUGUGCCGUGAAGCUAUCAGAAGUCUCACCGAGAGGACUCAAUGCCAUCUUUGAUCGACUUCGAAGCAUCCUUCAUGAGGCACAGAUUGAACAGCGAGUCCAGUACAUGGUGGAAGUCAUCUUCGCUAACCGCAAAGACGGCUUCAAAGAUUUCCCAGCUAUCCAGGAAGGGUUGGAUCUGGUAGAGGAGUCCGAACAGUAUACCCAUCUGCUCACUCUGGAAGAGAACUACUCACCUGAAGACUUACUCAAUAUCUUCAAGGAGGACCCCGAGUUCUUGGCCAACGAGGAGAAGUACAAGGCCAUCCGGAAGGAGAUCCUGGGAGAGGAUAGUGACGAGUCAGGCUCAGAGGGUGACAGCGACGAAGAGUCUGACAGUCAGGACGAUGAUGAGGAAGAUGAAGAACAUCAAGAGGCAGAGAAGAUGGAGAUUCUUGAUCAGACAGAAACCAACAUGAUCGCCCUACGUCGCACCAUCUACCUGACAAUCCAAUCCAGUCUGGACUUUGAGGAGUGCGCUCACAAGAUGCUGAGGAUGGACUUCAAGCCUGGACAAGAGAAAGAAGUCUGUCUAAUGAUCCUGGAUUGCUGUGCCCAGCAGAGAACCUACGAGAAGUUCUUUGGCCUUCUAGCUCAGCGGUUUUGUCAGCUGAAGCGCGAGUACAUGCAGCAGUAUGAGAUGAUAUUCCCUGAGCAGUAUGAGACGUGUCAUCGUCUGGACACUAACAAACUCCGCAACGUGGCCAAGUUCUUUGCUCAUUUGCUCCACACCGAUGCCAUAUCCUGGACUGUUCUGUCUGUCAUCAAGAUGAAUGAGGAGGACACAACCUCGUCCAGUCGCAUCUUUGUCAAGAUCAUGUUCCAAGAGCUGUCAGAGUACAUGGGACUGCCCAAGAUGAACGAGAGGCUCAGGGACCCGACUUUGCAAGCCUACUUUGAAGGACUCAUGCCCCGAGAUAAUCCUGCCAACACCCGAUUCUCCAUCAAUUUCUUCACCACGAUCGGACUUGGAGGCCUCACGGACGAUCUGCGAGAGCAUCUCAAGAACUACCAGAGGACCAUCAUGCAGCAACAGCGACCCGUGGAGAGUGACUCCUCCAGCUCUGGUAGCAGCUCCAGUGAUUCCAGUGAUUCCAGUGACUCCAGUGAUUCCAGUGACUCCAGCGAUUCCAGUGAUUCCAGUGACAGCAGUAGCUCAGAGAGUGAAGAUGAUUCAAAACACAAGGGAAUGUUACGGACGAAGAAACCUGACGUCAGAGCUGUGAGAAGAAGAGAAAAGUACAGAACAGAACGGCCAACUGAGCGUCAAAAUGACAGCCGCAGGGCAGGAGAUGUAAGGAGGGAUCGUCAAGGGAACAUGGAAUACCCCAGAAAUCAUAGGGGUUAUGACCCACAUGAUCCAAGAUUGGAGGAUGUGGCUGAUAGGGGUCCAAAAAACAGAGGACAGAGGAACAACAAUAGCCGCCGUGGUUAUGACAGCAGUGACGAGGACGACCAUGGAAGGCGCAGCAAUUAUAACAACGCACAGCGCAGCAAUCAGCACGAUGGCCAGCAAGAAAGACGCCGGGUAAAAGCCCAGGUUGAAAUGCAGGACAGACGCUUCGACAGAUCACCCCCGAAGUCGGACAAGAAGUCAGCCAGGAAACCCAGGGGUUAUGACCGAGAAAGUGACGAGGAGGAAAGGGACGAGGUCAGACAGGAGAAAUCCCGUAAACUGCGCACUGACGGUCGUUAUAAGAUGGAAGACAAAGAGAAUCGACGAGACCGAGAGAGCCGGGAUGGGCGAGUCCAGCAGUCCAGAAAGAGAGCAGAUGACACAGAUGAUGACAUGCUUGACAUACGAGCAAAUUCCAGAAGGGAAAGAGACAACGAUCGUGGCUACUCCAACGAAAAAUCCAGCCGAGAAAGCUCGGGCAGUAAGGCACGGCAACGUGAAUACAGCGACUCACCAGACGACAGGGUCCGACGUGAGCGCAUACGGGACAGACGCUGAGAAAUAAUCAACUAUUUUUCAAAUGUGUUUUUCUAACCUCUGCAGAAUUACUUGUAUUUUGUUUGUAGCCUGAUGUAGAUUUGAACUGUUUUUUUGACCGUUAACACGCUGGACCUACAACCCCUCAGAAAGUAAUAAUGCAUUGGAUUUACUAGUCUGGAAUCCAUCAAGACUAAUCCUCGCAUCAUAGUACUGUCAGAGGAUUAUCUAGAAGUAAGUGACAAGUUAUAAUUUGUGAGCAAAAAUUGGAGUGUUUUGUCAAACUGUUUAACUGAUAAAUUUUGCUGCCCAUAUUACAAAUACCGUUUGCUUUGCAAGUAUUGCAUUAUUUAGGAAAGAUGAUAUAAGUUCAGUUUACUUUUAUUUUAUGAUUUUCAUCUUCAAUCUUCUUGUUUGGGAUUCAAGUACAUUGUUAUAAUUAUUAUGAAUAAACUUGUUUACCAGUCAAAGCCAGAGAGAUGCAAGCUGGAAGUAUCAUAGGUCAGUGUUCUCCAAACUGCUCUUAACUUCUCGAAGGACUAUCCGUAAAGAAUCUGUUCAAUUGUGCUUUAAGCCAAUUUCAUUUAUUUUUUUUGAUUUCUGGUUUUGCCUUGGGAAGUGUAAGAGUUUUCAGGGACAGCAACAGCACUAGCCCGAGGAUGUGUAACUGUGUGGACAACACAUGUAAGAUGUGAGGACUGGAAACAGUUUGUGGGCACAGAGUGAGAACCUAUUUCAGUACACAGUCAGCAAUGUUUAAAAAGUCAGACAUGGUGGUUUCCUUUGGGACUAUUUAUAUUGAGAACAAGUACUCCAUAGCACAAUGGCUGAUAAACAGCUGUACAUACUUACAAACCUGUUUUUUGGGGUGGUUCCAAAAAUACUGGGAUAUCAUUCCGGCCACUCCACAGCCCUGUUCAAUUUGGUCUACUGGAACAGGCAUUGAUAGCCAGUUAAUGUCCUUUUUUUGUUUUACUCAAAGCUGCUGGGGGCCGUUUUUUUUACCUGAAAAUUCUUCAAACUUGCAAGUGUGCUUUGACACGACCAAGCAUGACUCAAUACAUCGACUGCAGAAACGAAAAAGAAUUUCAAUUAAACAAGUUUACACGUCCUCCGUGGAACAAAUAAGGUAAAUUAUGUGUGUUUACACAUCAUUUGGCAUCAAGCGGUUAAAAGUGCUUUCUCAUUCUGACUUUGUUACUGCCAAGUGUCAAAUAAUUGACAUUGGGUGGAUUCUGCUUCACGUGUAACAGUAAAGUACGGCGUGGCACACCACUCUUCAUAAUUUUAUUUUCAUGACCACUUGUGUGUGUAUUUUUGGCCCUUAAUGUCCCCACAGAUAUCCCGUCACACUGUUCUGCACCCGGGAGCCCUGUAAAGAGCCCAGUUUGAUUAUGUGAUCAACCUGUAGCAUUGCCUGACAAUGUGAAAUCAUUCUCAUGAAUGCUUGAGCAAGGAGCAGUGUUUUCUUAUAGUUAACUCCCUCCCAGACUCUACCCAUAUAAUGGAACUGUGUAAAUAAAUUGCAGUCAUUGGUAUGAA